AUCCUGACAUGCAGGACAACGAAGCAGCGGUGGCCGUCCUGGAAACUCCGAAAUUCGUCGCGCAUCCCAUUUUCUGGUGGGACACGGGGCGCACGCAGGACCGCGAAUACAACCACAGCUUUGAAAAUCCGCGGGAAGCGGCGUUUGUGGUCCAUUUAGCGUUCUAUCUGUUCCAGAACGGCGUUGCGCCCGAACAAUUGCACGUCUUGGCGCCGUACCGAGCCCAAGUGGCCUGUAUCGGCAAGUACGCAAGGGAGAAAUUUGGGCGGGACCGAAAGAACAAACAGAUGCUGCAGCAAUUACAGCGCCAGCGGGACGAGACCUUUGUACGUGGCAGAAAUUACGCUGCAGAUAAAAGACCAGCACCAGAUGGUAUAAGCUGUUCUAGUCAAGCUCUGUCAUCUUCAUCUAAUGCUCCUGCGGGUGGCGGUAUUCGUGGAGGCCCGGGUGAAGAAAACGCAGCUGUGGCUAGUAAAGUAGACGGUUUUGCGCUGCAGCCACAGCAUGGAAAUCAUCAAAAGCAGGAGCAGACUGACAGCGAACAGCAGCAGACCGCAAUUGACUCCCGGGAGCGUAAUUUUCUCGACGCGUUUGUGAAGAAUAUCACCCCGAUUGACGGGUUCCAGGGGAACCAAAACAAGUACAUCAUCAUUUCGUGGACGCGCUCCAACCCCGACCACAUCUGUGGGUUUCUGAAGCGGCCGGAGGGCAUCAACCGCCGAAUCGUCGCGCAAUCCCGGGCACGGUGCGGGCUGUUCAUGGUAGGAGACGUGAGCAAUUUCGAGUAUGACGUGCCGAAACGGAACUUGUUCGCGGAGCAGGUGGGCAGAACGGGUGGAACAAGCGGGACUACAAGGAGUGGCAAUACCAAGAAUUCCAGCAAGUCGCCAUCGAAGAAGAAAAACUCCAAAGGAAAAAACGCGACCAUCAGUGCGGCCAGCGGCGGACUUGAUGCGAAAGACCUCCGGAUGAUAAACGCAGCAGAUGACAACAAGACCGCGAACGAGUUGUGGAAAACCCGGUUCGUCGAUUUACUGCGAGAAGACGACCGCGUGAGCCCGUACCUGCCGCUUUGUUGUCCCCGGCAUCCGGAGAAGAAGUUACAGUGCGCAGCGCCGGAAGACUUUCCGAACUUUGCGCUGGGGAAGAAUUUGAUUUGCCGGGAAAAGUGCGGCAAGGUCAUCGACGCCUGCGGCCACACCUGUGAGCAGCUCUGUCAUUCCGGCCCGUGCUCGCAGGCAUUGUGUGUGAGGGAGGUAGAAAUCCCGUGCAGCAGGUUCCCAGCGACGCACCCGAAAAAAAAGGUACCUUGCUGCAGCCGCCUGCUGUGGUCGACAUCGUGGUCCUCGUCGAUUUCAGGAGCUUCUAGUGCCGCUGGUGACGUCACCCUUAACACGACUUGCAUCACUGCUGGUUGCGGCGCGACCAGAGCUAUUUCUGCCUUAUCUCUGCAACCAAUUUGCGAGGAAAUCGUGGAGCUUGCCUGUACACAUUGCGGAAAACCGAGCAAGAAAAAGUGUGGAAAACUGCCUCAACUACAACAGCCAGGAGAGUACGUUUGCAGAAAGAAGUUCAAGUGUCAUAAAGACCCAGAGCACACCCUAGUCCGUUACUGCAACGAACAAGAGGCAGACAUCAAGUGUACUCAGAAGUGCGGGAAGCAGCUCCCGUGCGGCCACCCGUGCCCCUUGCUUUGUGGCGAGGACUGCAGUCUUGCGGUGUGCAAAAAAAUUAUUUGGAUCACGUGUGCAGCAGGAAGGCAUAAGCAAAAAGUCUACUGUGACGAUUUCAAGAAGCAGGCGGAGGAAGAGGCCGCGAAAAUUAUGGAUAAAAAUGCAGCUGCCGCAGCUACCACGGAGGCAGCUGCGCCAACAUCAACCUUCACCAGCAAAAAGCUUUGCAAGCAAGAGGUGAAAUUCCGGUGCACCAAAUGCGCCGGUUCCCUGGUCCGUUACUGCUACCAAGCGGAAGCAGACAUCAAAUGCGACCACUACUGUCGGCGGAAGCUGAAAUGCGGACACCAGUGCACGCGGCUGUGCCACGAACCCUGUCCAGAAACGCCCGAGGAGUGCCUGGUUUGCCGCGAAGACAUGAAGAAAAACUUUUUCCGCUUUGUGGACGAUUUUGAAGACGACGAAGAGGCGGCAGAAGAGGAAGAGCUGCUGUCUCGUAGAAGUAGCAAAAAUGGCAUGCCCGGCAUGCCGUCAAGCUCCAGCACAUCUUCGUCGAGCAGUGCAGCAAGUUCGUCUGAUCAAGCGACCAAUGCGGGGUGUUCUUCGUCAACCUCCGCAACAACCCCAAGAAGUACUAGGAAAAAGAGGAAUUUGAAUAGGGACAAGGAGAAGAAGCACGUCAAGACGCUUCAUUUGUCCGAAAUCCGGUACAGCCAAAACUCUUGCUCCGAUCACUUCCGGAAUGGAGACAACUUGUUCGAAACCCUGGAAAAGUUAAGAGCCGACGAGGAAUUGCUGAACUCUUUUCCGAGCAUCGAGGUGGUCGAGUACGAGGAAAUGUUUUUCUCCAUGGACAACCGCCGGCUGUUUCUCUUGAAGCAAUUGUAUAGCGACCACACGCUGAUCGAGACGAUUUACUACCCAGACCCGGCCGAGUAUGGGAAGAGUUUGUUUUUCAAAAAAAUGAGAAAGAACUUAGAGUCAGGAGAUGUGCGGGAGAAUUUGAAAAGUUUGUGGGCGAUAGAAGUGAAGCCGUUUAAUCCGAAGCGGAAAGGGGUCAGCCGUCGCGCAUGAAAUUAGGGGACGGGCGAUGGCGAAACGGAAAGUACAGCCAGCACAUCUGCAAUACCUUUUCGGAGAAGAACAAGAAAGGCACAUUUUUGCAUUUCGAAAAUAAUAUUAAAAUGACUCAUUGUAAUAUCCUGAAUCAACAACAAUCUAGUCCCUUGCUUGCGCCCCAAGCAAGCUUGAGCUAAACCUAAAUCUAAAUCAUGUAGAAGGCAGUCAACGAGCUCGAGCCAAAACCAAACAUAAAUCCAGGCGAACCCCGCUGGGCCCUGUGUAUGAUCUCACUCGGUGGACUCGUCCUCUCGAUAAAUAUGGUUGAGGUCAAUAUAUGUUUGAAUCUCUGAGUACUUACAAAAAAAGAUGAGUAAGCUAGUACAGCACGUAACAUGUAUAGACGCACCCACAGAUCGUGCAAGUUAGUAGAUAGACUUGCAAGGCAUUUUCAGAACGAGAAAAGUUGAUCCAGAUACGAAACACUGACUUCGACGGCUGCCUGUGAACGAGAUUCCAGCACAUCAGUGCUGGCUCAUUCAAGUUAUUCUCACCAAUCUCAGAGGCAAGCCGUCGCUCAUUCAUCUUCAUUUGCGAGCAUUUCGUUUGCAAGCAGAACGAAGCACUUCCAACGACCCCUUCCAAUCAACUCGAACUUUCUAAAGAACGCUAGCACAAAGCACCACGAAUAGGAUUAGCGAAAGUGGAAACACAAUGACAUCGCAAGAAAU